CUUAAAGCCAUUCCGGCAGACCAAUCAGGAGCGGGAGAGCGCCGCAAACCUCCGCAGUAAAAGAGAGAGACGGAGGAAGGGAGGGAGCGAGCGAGCGAGCGAGCGUCGCGCCGAGAGAGAGCGAGCGAGAGAGCAGGAGCACCAUUCUUCGCACUCCCGUCCAGACGGCCGACGGACGAUGAGGAGCGUUCACACACUCGGCCGCCCGCGUGGAUGAGAGACCGGAGGCGGAGGAGCCCACCGCCGACCAACUCCCUCGCCGUCUCCUGCCACAACGAGCGACGGCGCGGAGCAUCCAUCGACGUUGACGGUCGCCUCAAAAUGCAGGAUUGAAGGGUGGGGAGGAAAAAAUCCCGUUCUCUCCCAACUCCCGGCGACGACCUUCCCUCCUGCCGGUCCCUCCGCCCUCGCCGGCCCGCGAUAAAUUCCGCUCUCGCAAAUGUCACGGCGGUCACACGCCGUGCCGAUUGGACGCGCCGCUAAUCCGCUCCACUCACGCUAUCUGCCGUCGGCGAGGGUUCAAGCAUGUUGAGGAGCCGACGGGAGACCUGCUUUGGAUACGCCAGCGCGACGCCUCUGCGAUCCCUCGUGCCCAUAGAAGAGGCGGACGGCCAAGGCCCGCUCCGUUAGAGCUGUCGGGGCAGCAGGCAUGGGCCGGGGCGACCGGCCGGAUGCGCUGACCUCGUAAGGGCGGAUCGAGCCGACCGACUGACACGCUCUCGGAAUACGAGCUGGCGGACCCCCGGGCGAGCGCGCGGGCUCUCUUCGUUUGAUCGGACGUCUCUCCUGGGACGGGGACAAAAUCACGAGCCGCUCCUGACCGCAUAAGCGCGCGAGCAGCCCGUCCCCCAGAAGUCUCUCAAAGGACCCGAGCGAAAGUCGGCAGGCCUCCGGACGGACGGGCGCAUCCCCGCUAAGGAAAAGCCCGACGCGCCGGCGAUGUCCGGACGCGAUGCUCACUCGGACGGACCCCGCGCGCGCUCACUGGCCUGAUUCCGCCGGCCUGCGACUCAGAUAACGCCGGAGGAGAGGGCCACAGGAGAAUGCAUAUCAUCCCCUCGCCGAAGGGAGAAGGCGCCAUGAGCAACGUGACGGUAAGCGACGACAAGGAGCCCCUCGGCCGCCCGGCGCCCGCCGGCUACCCGCUGGGCUUCCAGGCGUCGGUGGCGGGAUUCCUCGCGCUGGAGCUCCUCCUGGGCCUGAGCUCCAACCUGACGGUGCUGGCCCUCUACUGCCUCAAGUCCAACCUGAUCAGCUCGGUCAGCAACGCGGUGACGGUGAACCUCCACGUGGCCGACGCGCUGGUGUGCCUCUGCUGCAUCCCCCUCACCGUCGCCGUGGUCCUGCUCUCCCCGGAGGGCGAGGCGGCCCCGCUGCGCCGCUUCCACGAGGCCUGCGUGUCCUUCGCCGGCGUGGCCACGGCCGCCAACGUGCUGGCCGUCACCCUGGACCGCUACGACAUCUCGGUCAAGCCGGCCAACCGCGUGCUGACCGCGCGGCGGGCCCCGGCGCUCAUGGCGGCCGUUUGGCUGCUGUCCUUCGCCAGCUUCCUGGUGCCCUUCGCCGAGGUGGGCUUCUUCGCGGCGGGCCGCGCCCGACUCAACCAGACCCUGGGGGAGCGCGCCGACCGCUACUCCGCCCAACCGGGCCUCUACUACCACCUGUGGGCUCAAAUUCCCAUUUUCUUCUUCACCGCCGCCGUCAUGCUGAUCACCUACUCCAAAAUCCUGCAGGCCCUCAACAUUCGCAUCGGCGCGCGCUUCCACGCCUCGCAGAAGAAGAAGGCGCGCCAGAAAAAGCGCCCGUCCGCCACGGCCAUGACGCCGCGGCGGGAGGCCGCCGAGGCGUCCCAGAGCGGUGGCGCAGUCAUCAUCGCCUUGCGCCGGGCGGUCAAGCGCCACCGGGAGAGGCGGGAGCGGCAGAGGCGGGUCUUCAGGAUGUCCCUGCUGAUCGUCUCCACCUUCCUGCUGUGCUGGACGCCCAUCACCGUGCUCAACGCGCUCAUCCUCAGCCUGGGCCCCAGCGACCCCAUGGUCAAGUUGAGACUGGGCUUCCUGGUCAUGGCCUACGGCACCACCGUCUUCCACCCGCUGCUCUACGCCUUCACCAGGCAGAAGUUCCAGAAAGUCCUCAAGAGCAAGAUGAAGAAGAGGGUGGUGUCCAUCGUGGAGGCCGAUCCCACCCCCGACAACGCCGUCAUCCGCAACUCCUGGAUCGACCCCGCGAGGAACAAAAAGGUGACCUUUCGGGACAAGGACGCCCGGCGGAAAUGUCCGCCGUCCGACGACGCCGACUGAAAAGGAGGCGCCGGGAGCCAAAGGCGCCGCUUCACGGGGGGGGGGGGACCGUCUGUCCGAAGCCAGCGCUUUGGAAGUCACGUGUGCAACGCGACCUUCGGUGACUAUUUAUUGACGAGUGACGUACGCCAGACUGUACUGUAGCUAUUGCAUGGCUUCUUGUCACUUUGUGUCCAGACGUGAUACGUGUACAACUUAGCCAAGGAAGUAGGCAUCGCGUGGAUGGAUAUUCCUCAACAUAAAUUGGCUCUCUACUCACCGAAA